AGUAUACAAAAGAAGUUUCCGGACCCCGUGAAAAUGACGAAAACCAUUUGUUACAUGCAGCUGAGAUCUUUUGGCUUGGCUGUCGGUUGGUUGGAGCUGAUUUUAUUCAUAACAUUAACGUUUAUUUAUGGGGAAAACUUAUUACGUUAUGGACUUGAUAAACAUGAAUAUAAAUAUCACUUUGUUUAUGGAACUGGACUCAACAUGGGCGAUUGUUUUUUCUUCGCACUUGCUUUAAUUAAUACUCUGACCUCAUUCCUGCUGAUCCUUGGUAUUAAAAAGGGGCGAUUUCUGCUUUUGGUUAUCUGGCUAAUCAACAGAGGAAUCUCCCUCUUGGGUUAUUUCAUUAUUUCAAGCUUAGAGUUUACAAAGUUUAUAAUGUCAAACGACGACGUCCACUAUAAUGCCUCCUGUGCCAUCCUGCAAUCUCAGGCCCUAAUUCUAUUCAACUGUUUUCUUGUUUACGGGAUCUACUGGCUUUUAAAGGAAAUCAAGGACUCAAAUGACCAACAGCAUCGUUUGGACACACCAGUUUUCUCAGUGUCGCAGGAAUCUCGUCCAAGCAAAUUGGAUUUUAAUGCUUACGUUCAUCAAUACAAAUUCCAACCAUCUUUGUUUGGAAAAGAUUUUCCCGAUAAUGAAGACACUGAUAAACUAUUGGAAGGAUCAUAA